AUGAUUGCUUGUAUCACACUGAUCAGCAUUAGCUUCAGACGCUUCAUCAAUAAGCCAACCUCUUCCACUAUCACUGUUGUGACUGAGAACACAAAGAGUGGAGUAGAGUUCCCUGCUGUCACCAUCUGCAAUCAUAAUUUGGAGUAUAAUGUGUCCGAUUUAGUUAUACGCAAUACCUACCACCUCAUGAACUAUCUCUUCAAUGCUGACAAGAAUUUUCACUUGACUGGAUCUAACUCAUCGUCUGUCAUAAAGCAGUGUCAAGCUCUCGUGGGUGAUGCUCUCAGUGAAAUCCUCAAUGCCACAAUAUGGAAUAUCCAGAAUCCUAGCAAGACUAUUGAUGAGUUGAUACAUUACUGUGGCUUUAUUGAAGGAGUUAACGGUGAAGUCGAACCUUGCAAAGAUGCUUUUAAACCAGUCCUAACAUCAGCUGGGAUCUACUUCACACUCAAUGGUAGUGAUCACGGUAUUCAUAGCACUGAGAAACGGCCAUCGUUCAAUGGCAAGUCAGGAAUUAAGCUUGUCAUUUAUAAUGGAGGCGAUAUUGCAAGGCCUAACCUGUAUGGUAUUUCUGUACCACCUGGUCGUGCUAUUGAUGUUGGAGUUCGCAGAAAGGCAACUAAAGAUGAGACAAGUGAAGCUGGUUGCAUUGAUGACAUGGAUCUUCCUUUCUUUCCGAAAGACAAAUUUGACUAUUCUCAAUUUGCCUGUAGAGAAAACGCUAUCAUGGAGCGUAUAGCAAAAAGAAGCAGUUGCAACUGUGUCAUCCAUCCAGACAGACCAUCCACAGGUGCCUACUCAUCCACUCCUAACUGCACUAUGAGUAAUGCCUGCUGUCUGCUCCAUGAAUACAAUACCUUUCAUCCUCAAUCAUCCUCUGAAGAGUGUCCAUUACCAUGUUACUUCUCAUAUUAUGAAUGGACUGCGAGCUAUUCAAGUUUUCCUAAUGGACGCUAUCUUGAUAGACUUGUGAACACCUUGAACAAGUCGGCUGAUUAUAUCAAAAGCAAUUUCCUAUCGGUAAAUGUUUUUCUUGACGAUAUCCAGCUAACUACCACUAUCACUCAAUACACGUAUGGCCCGGAAGCUCUGCUGGGAGAGAUUGGUGGUCAGCUUGGUCUAUUCAUUGGAGUGAGUAUCAUUACAUUCUUUGAAGUGCUAGUACUUUGUGUGGAUGAACUCAAGAGGCUCUGCUUUAAAUUACAGAUCAUACCGGAGGAGAAAAUAAACAAUCUGGAGAACAGAAUCACUCUUCCUGAAGUAGAAGAGGAUCAAACAGAGAACUAA